GGGGGGGGGGGGCGACUAAAAAUAAGAAAUAAACGUAUGAAUAACACACCCCUUCGUUGGUACAUACCCAUACAAUGAAUGACACAUAUUUAGUUAAGAGACUCCUUCUGUGAAGAUGCAUACUUUUCCUGAAUGAAAUAUUCUACUGUACUUAGACGCGUUUAUAUUUUGGAUUACUGAAUAAAAAUCAGAUUUACAAACAUCUGAAGUUAAAAAACAACAUCAUACAGUACAACAUUGUUGAUUAAACAGCUGAAUUACAGUUAAAAGAAUGACGGAUUACCACAUUUGGAACAAGGCAGGAUAUUAAAGCUAUUUCAAGUUUUGUUUUCCGGAAUAUCGACGUCUUUACUUCGGGUGUGCAUGAUGUAUGUGCUUGGAUUUCUUGUCAUUUGGAUAUACACAGCGUACGUUACUGAGGCGCUGUGUCCAAGUGACGGGACUCCAGUGAUAAGCAUGUGCAGUCUCAACUCACAGUUUGGAAGACUGUUUUACAUUGACGGACAACUGAUGCAAAGCUACGUAAAAGAAUGCACGUGCACCAUCACGUCUAACAAAGAUAAAACUAUGAAUUACGCCUCCAAGAAACCCCAGACGGGAAGUGCGAAGUGCGACAUCGCAACGUUUCGUCUGGACACACAGACAGGAGCGCCGAAGACCUGGGACUGUGGGACCGACGGUUUUGUGUUCACACCCGAGUCGAUCAGCGCCACGGUCCCCUGGAGUGUCGUCCUCACUAAAACCAGCCUCGGUUUGAACCUAACAAGCGACGUGGAUACUGGCUACUGCUUUCGCGUGUCCACGUUUACUACAGAAUUCAACGUGACCUGCUUUGCGGGUACGAACACGACCACUGACAUAAACGAGUGUGCUCUGGGAACAGACAACUGUCGUGACAACGCUCAGUGUAGCAACACCCCGACAUCGUUUACCUGCACGUGUAAUGCUGGGUACUCUGGGGAUGGCGUCACCUGUCAAGAUGUUGAUGAAUGUUCUGCUGGAACUCACAUUUGUCCUACUGAGGCAUACUGUAUCAACUAUCCUGGCGCUUACUCGUGUGCAUGCAAGACAGGAUAUACCGGCUCUGGGUUUCUUUGUCAAGAUGUUGAUGAAUGCAGUACUGGAAGACACACAUGUGAUAGUAAUGCUGUUUGUACCAACAAUGAAGGAUCUUACGACUGUAGGUGUAACUCGGGAUACACUGGAGAUGGAUUCAGCUGUGCAGAUAUCAAUGAAUGUACACGUGGAACCCACACCUGUGACACUAAUGCUGACUGCAAUAACACUGUAGCUUCCUACGAGUGUAACUGCAAAUCUGGAUUCAGAGGUGAUGGAUUCUCCUGUAUAGAUGUUGAUGAAUGCAGUACUGGAAGACACACAUGUGAUAGUAAUGCUGUUUGUACCAACAAUGAAGGAUCUUACGACUGUAAGUGUAACUCGGGAUACGCUGGAGAUGGAUUCAGCUGUGCAGAUAUCAACGAGUGUCACGAUGGGACGGCGAACUGUCCUCCGAGAUCGCAGUGUGUCAAUACCGGGGGAUCGUACAGGUGUGUCUGUCCAGACGGAUCAACACCAGGUCGAACUGGUUGCAAAGGUAGUGUUAAAAUAGUUAUUGUAUAA